CCUCUCCUCAGAGCUCUCCAGAAAGUUCUGCGAUGUGGAGCGGCUAUAAGAAGAAGCCAUCUUUCUCUCACCACCCUCAGAGUUACCCAAGCGACGGCAAGGACGGUAACUACCUCUGUCAAGUUCGUUAACCAUGGUUCACGAAACCGGCUUCUACGACCUCUUGGGUGUCUGCCCCAGUGCCUCACCGGAGGAAAUCAAAAAAGCCUACAGGAAGCUCGCACUGAAAUAUCACCCCGACAAGAACCCCAAUGAAGGAGAGAGGUUCAAGCUCAUAUCUCAAGCAUAUGAGGUUCUGUCGGAUCCAAAGAAGAGAGACUUGUAUGACCAAGGAGGAGAACAGGCAAUUAAGGAGGGAGGCAUGAGCGGUGGAACUUCACCAACAGACAUUUUCAACAUGUUCUUUGGAGGAGGAGGACGGAUGCAGAGAGAGAGAAAAGGAAAGAAUGUUGUCCAUCAACUUAGUGUUACACUGGAGGAGAUGUACAAUGGUACCACCAGGAAGCUUGGACUCCAGAAGAAUGUCAUUUGUGAAAAAUGUGAUGGUUACGGUGGUAAGAAAGGUGCCUUGGAGAAAUGUUCAAAUUGUAAAGGAAGAGGAGUACAGGUGAAGGUGCAACAGAUUGGGCCAGGCAUGAUUCAGCAGAUCCAAAGCAUGUGUUCAGACUGCCAGGGACAGGGCGAGAAAUUUAACUCAAAAGACCGCUGCAAGAACUGCAAUGGGCACAAAGUAGAACGCAAGAAGAAGAUUCUUGAAGUUCACAUUGACAAAGGUAUGAGAGAUGGUCAGAAAAUUACAUUCCACGGAGAAGGUGACCAGGAACCUGGACUGGAGCCUGGGGAUGUGAUCAUUGUGCUGGAUCAGAAGGAGCACCCCGUUUACCAGAGACAAGAUGAUAAUUUAAUUAUCCCAAAGAUGAACAUCAAACUUGUUGAGGCCCUGUGUGGUUUCAGGAAGACCAUUCAGACAUUAGACAACAGAACACUCGUCAUCAGCUCACAACCAGGUGAAGUAAUCAAGCACGGUGACAUCAAAUGUGUUCAGAAUGAGGGCAUGCCAAUUUACAGGGAUCCAUAUGAAAAGGGGCAGCUUAUUGUUCAGUUUGAGGUGGAGUUCCCAGAUAAACACUGGCUCCCAGAGCAUCUCAUGUUCCAGCUGGAAAGACUGCUUCCUCCCAGAGAAGAUGUGAUGAUUACUGAUGAGAUGGAGGAGGUCGAUCUCUGUGAGGUGGAUGUGCGAACGCAACAGAAAAACUACAGCAGGGAAGUUUAUGAGGAAGAUGAGGAGGGUCCCAGAGGUGGAGUGCAAUGUCAGACACAGUGAAUGUAGUCUAUGAUGCAAAUGUGUUGUAGAGCAUUUGGGUUUCUUUGUUGUGAUUGUUUUGGAUUUUUUCUAUAAGGUAAUGCACUGCAAAUUAGUCAGUUAAGUUUAAAGCAGUUGCCAAUGCUAUUUUUGUGCUGCUGUCCUGGAACACAAAUAUGCAGGUGGAGGACAACAUUUAACAUUUUAUCUGUGCUCCAAAAGUUAUCAAAAGUGUAUUUUGGUGUUUUUGUCUCAUGUUCUCUAUUUAAGAUAUAUCUUUUUUUUUUAUGUCUAUGUUUCUUAAGAAAUCAAUGGCACAAAUGAUUUCUUUUCAUUCAGAAGCUGAACGGACUACUUGUAUACUUUCUGUGAAGGUAAUCUCAGUCAUGACAAACAGUUUUGGUUAUUUCUCAAUAAAAGUCCCAGAAUGCUUCAA